GGAAGUUGAGAUAUUGUGUAGUGUUUGGUGAGGAAAAUGGGAAGCCUAAAUCUGAAUGGUCUGUUGAUAUGGUACUUCUUCUAAAAAUAACCGAGUAGAAUAGGCUUCACUGAAGAGUCUAGAAAACAUCCCCUCUGCCUGGGUGACUUGGAAACGGCCGUGCUUUUAACACAGAGGAUUGGACAACAGGCCUCCCAAGGGUUCUUGAAGAAAGAAUCUGUAAUCCUUUUGGGUUUAACCAUUAGGCAAAUUUAGUUUCCUGGUUUCAGAAAGAGAAAACACACCCACAGAAAGAAAAACCCAGGCCCGUGGGAACAAGUAACUUCCUCCUCCUGGGGGUGCUUGAAAACCCUAAUCUGUCUGCCAUGAGUCCCUCUCCUGCCCAGCAUGAGGCUGGCUGGGGAGGCAUCCAAGAGGCCAAGGGGUGGUGGAGACAGAGCGUGCCAGCUGGGAUAAGGAACUAAACACACUUCGGCUGAGAGGAAAUAUGGGAUGUAUAAAAUCAAAAAGGAAAGACAAUCUGAAUGGCGAUGGAGUAGAUUUGAAGCCUCAACCAGUACGUAAUACUGACCGAACUAUUUAUGUGAGAGAUCCAACGUCCAAUAAACAGCAAAGGCCAGUUCCAGAAUCUCAGCUUUUACCAGGACAGAGGUUUCAAACCAAAGAUCCAGAGGAGCAAGGAGACAUUGUAGUAGCCUUGUACCCCUACGAUGGCAUCCAUCCAGACGACCUGUCGUUCAAGAAAGGAGAGAAGAUGAAAGUCCUGGAGGAACAUGGAGAAUGGUGGAAAGCUAAAUCCCUUUCAACGAAGAGAGAAGGUUUCAUCCCCAGCAACUACGUAGCCAAGGUCAACACCUUGGAAACGGAAGAGUGGUUUUUCAAGGACAUAACCAGGAAAGACGCCGAAAGGCAGCUUCUUGCGCCCGGGAACAGUGCUGGGGCUUUUCUUAUCAGAGAAAGUGAAACAUUAAAAGGAAGCUUCUCUCUUUCUGUCAGAGAUUAUGACCCUGUGCAUGGUGAUGUUAUUAAGCACUACAAAAUUAGAAGUCUGGACAAUGGGGGUUAUUACAUCUCUCCACGAAUCACUUUCCCUUGUAUCAGUGACAUGAUUAAGCAUUACCAAAAGCAGUCAGAUGGCUUGUGCAGAAGACUGGAGAAGGCGUGUAUUAGUCCCAAACCGCAGAAGCCAUGGGACAAAGACGCCUGGGAGAUCCCACGGGAGUCCAUCAAGUUGGUGAAAAGGCUCGGUGCCGGGCAGUUCGGGGAAGUCUGGAUGGGUUACUAUAACAACAGUACCAAAGUGGCUGUAAAAACCCUGAAACCAGGCACCAUGUCUGUGCAAGCGUUCCUGGAGGAGGCCAACCUCAUGAAGACCCUUCAGCAUGACAAGCUGGUGAGGCUGUAUGCCGUGGUCACCAGAGAGGAGCCUAUCUACAUCAUCACUGAAUACAUGGCCAAGGGCAGUCUGCUGGAUUUCCUGAAGAGUGACGAAGGGGGCAAAGUCCUGCUUCCAAAGCUCAUUGACUUCUCUGCUCAGAUUGCAGAGGGAAUGGCAUACAUCGAGAGGAAGAACUACAUUCACCGAGAUCUACGAGCAGCGAACGUUCUGGUCUCUGAGUCACUCAUGUGCAAAAUUGCGGAUUUUGGGCUCGCUCGCGUGAUCGAGGACAAUGAGUACACAGCAAGGGAAGGUGCCAAAUUCCCCAUUAAGUGGACGGCUCCAGAAGCGAUCAACUUUGGAUGUUUCACGAUUAAGUCUGAUGUGUGGUCCUUUGGAAUUCUCCUGUACGAAAUCGUCACCUAUGGGAAAAUUCCCUACCCAGGGCGAACUAAUGCUGACGUGAUGACCGCCCUGUCGCAGGGCUACCGGAUGCCCCGCAUGGACAACUGCCCCGACGAGCUCUAUGACAUCAUGAAAAUGUGCUGGAAAGAAAAGGCAGAAGAGAGGCCGACGUUUGAUUACUUACAGAGUGUCCUGGAUGAUUUCUACACGGCCACGGAAGGGCAGUAUCAGCAGCAGCCUUGACGCCCAGGGAGGCUCGUGGCCAUCGGCUGGGACGGCUGCCUCAUUCGAGAGGAAAACAUGACCGUCGCUGGUUGUGCUAGUCUUUCAUAUGCUAGGAUCAUCUACCGGCCCUGCUUCCUGAAAGCGAGGCCAAGUUACUCAGGAAGAACACUCUUGACAUGGGCAAGUAUUCUCUUUCUCAUCGGCUGAUGCCCACCGGUAGCCGCGCGGACCGCACCCAGCCGGCAACCUUGCUUCGCUAGACCGACGUCUGCCUUCGGAGAAGGAGCCACCUGUUCCGUCCAACAGGCACCCACCCCGGCCUCUUGUUUACGACUCGAUGUGGGACUCAUGGGCGCAGAGGCCCUCGCAGUGAAUCUCAAACAGUAGCAGAGUGAAACGCAUUCCUAAAAAGCGAAGCAACCAGACGCAGAUCACGACCCUCGUUUGCAUUUUCUCUCUGCCUUGGCUUAUCUGUUAAAAAGAAAAAAAAGAAAAAAAAAAUUACUAAUCCGAUCUGUUGUUACGUUUUGCAGCUGAAGUCAGAAGGUUAAAAUGGUCUCUCCCAGAUUGCAGUGAUUUCCCCUGCCCCUAAAGUCUGAGGCUGUUAAAGAUUUUCCUUCCACGGAGACGGCUGGGAACUCCCAGACACGAAGCGUGCUCUCCUGUUCUGUUUCCUAUAGGAGUGUGUGCGGUUUGUGAGUGUGCACAGAUGUCGUGUGUCGCCACACAGACCCCACCGACAGCCAGGGCUGGCCCAGACCUCCCAGGAAAGAGAGAAGAACCAAAGGAACUGCUGUACCCUCAGAAGGAAUAUUUUGAAUGGCCCAGCUUUUCAAUUCCCCAGUUUCCUAUCUGAGAGACUUUUUUGACCAUGUACUUUGGGUCAAACAAUAAGAUUCUAAUCUCCGCAGAGCCUUACAAAAGGCCUUCUAAGACAUAAGAAUUCUCUUUAUUGCUUCCAAUGAUUUGAACGUUACUUUAACGAUGGAAUGUUCAUUUUCGUUGUACUCGAGAAAGUAAAAACGCCAUAUUUGGGUCUAUUUUUGUGAUUCAUCCAUCUUUUCUAAAUUGUGUAAGGUGUGGGUGGGACUAUUUAUACGAGGAUACGAAAGGAACGGAAGUGACUGAAAGGCUCAAAUGAGCUCCUGCAGCAAGGGAGACGAGAGGUCUUGUUUACUAAGUUGUUCUACUGUGAGCUUCAAAUAGAAAAUGCUACAUCACAUCGUGUUUCACUUAUGCUGUUGUGUAUAUACCUAAUAUUGCUGUUUUCUUGAUUUUAUUUGAAUACACCUGGCCCAGUAACAUCUCAAGCUUUUUCCUUGUGUCCAACAUUUCCAACUAUCGUCAACGUAGAAAUGAGUACCGGUUGGGGGAAAAUGAGAGGCGAUUCCAUACAGUUACAUCGUUUAAAAAACUUGGACAAGGUCUACCUCCAUUCCUUUGAGCGUUUCCAGAUUGGAAAACUGGGACGUGACAGUCCGGCUAUCUCUUUAUGGGGGCCAAAUAGGAUUUGUUUUCAAAUAGGCUUAGCAGGCACCAUUAGAAUUUCAUUUUGUGUGUGUCGCCUAGGUGUUGGGUACCUAGGGGAAGGGAUAAAAUAUUCUACUUUCCUGUGCAAUCUUUUUUAAACGUCCUUUUUAAAAUAUUCUAAAGUUCUUGAUUCACAAAUGCCACAUUCACAGAGGGAGAAUAUUAUCACCAUAGAACGUCUGCACAGCUGAUCACUUGAUUCACCCACCUGUUCACAUUUCAUUUCAGAAUCACACGUAUGACCCAGCAUGUUCUAUGGAGAAAGUGUAAACAAUCCCUAAAGCAGAAAGAAACGUCUAGAAAAUUAGUAAGUUUGUCUUCGCCCUGUUUUUCUUUUCUCAAUUCUGCUUCCUUUUGCCAUUUUACAGUCCACUUUUCCCUCCCGAUCAAGCAUGUGAUCUUUUCCUCCAUCACCUGGGGCCUCGUCACUCAGUUGCAGGAUGUGCUCCUGUCACAUCAUACCCCAUGGACAGCAUGGGUCUCUCCGCUUGUCAGUAGGAUUCCAGCUGCCUCAUGAUCGGCAGGCAAAAUGAGGGCCUGGGCAUGUUUGUAUCAUCUUGGGGGGGCGGGGGCGCGGACCAGAACGCCUUACAUCAUCACAUCCCAGCUCAUUACUGGGGACUUGAAAAGGAGCAUGGCCUCAGGUCCCGCCAUUGUUGUUCCGCAGGAGGGCUGUAAGUCACUGUACUUGAGAGGCUUCCCGGUAGAUAUCUGGUUUACCCAGGCUUGAGAGUCCCUCCCUUGCUUUGGUCCAUAAGGCAAAGUUAAUUGCUCAAAGGAAGGCCAGCCUGCACUUUCCUCAGAUGCCCCCAGGGAGGACAGAGGAAUACAGGAGGAAGGAAGAGGGAAAAUGUGCCUUUUUCCUCUUUUAUGGCCACGAAGCUCACUGAAUCCAAAGUAAAACUCAUAGGCUUGACCCUGGUGUCCUCAGUAGAAGGGACACUCUAUAGCCCCUCCAAGAUGUCUCCCGGGAUUCUGUCAGAACCGCCCUGGAAAAGCAUACUGCCCAGGCCUCCUAGGGAAGAUAAUAUACUGCGGAAGCAUUGAUUCCUGUCCCAAGAGUGUGUAAAAGAGGCCAACAAAAGGAAGCACCAUAUUUAUUUACUCAUGCAGUGGGAUAGCUCAAGGGCACUGAAAUGUAAAUACAAACACAUUUCCAAUUUAGCCUCUGGUGAUGGCUUUCCUUGUAUCUUUUCCUUUGCUCAAAUACAAACUACAUUGGGGCAGUAGCUGCUGAAAGGCGCUCAGUACUGAAACACCAGCAUCGGGGUACGCUUGAUUGAAUUAAAACAAUUGUUCAUCCCAUAGCUGAGCUCCCUGGCCUCUAUGAAUGUUAUUGCCACCUCCACAGCCCGUCAGUUCCUUGUAUUCUCAGAUGAGAUCUCACCACCCAUCUUUCCUCCCAGGAUCUUUGUUUUCUUAGCAGAUUAAGUGACCAUGAGCCUUGCCAUUCUUCCUGAUGGAAACGGCGGUUAUAAACCUACAGAGAUAACUAUACACCCGCCAGUGGCUCGGCGCUCUUUUGUACUUGGGCACGUUGCAAAAAUUACCUGUAACUCACGCGGCAACCCUUGAAGGUAUGGCCCAUGCUAUCGCUAUUUAACGGCUGAAAACUCACGUGCCUUGAAGGCCACCGGAGGAAUGGACUGGCUUCACAUCAUGUUGUUUCCUUGUGAGAUAAGUGAAAGGCUUUUACAACAGGACUCAUUUGAGCAUUCCAGGCGCACAAAGGAAUCACUUACAAACUGCUUCAUUGGAGUCUGCGCAGGUAUGAGGGAAAAUUUCUGAGUAAUUUUAACUUGAGAAGAGAGGUCAGACAAGAGCUCAACUCACUACUCACACCUUUUUAAAAAGACAGUUGAGGGGUGCCUGGGUGGCUCAGUCAAUUAAGCAUCUGACUUCAGCUCAGGCCAUGAUCUCAUGGUUCAUGAGUUCGAGACCCGUGUCAGGCACUGUGCUGACAGCUCGGAGCCCGGAUCCUGCUUUGAAUUCUGUGUCUCCCUCUCUCUCUGCUCCUCCCCCACUCAUGCUCUGUUUCUCUGUCUC